ACUUUGAGAGACGCUUUGAUCGACGCAUUCGCAUCUUUGGAUCAUGUCUAUUCGUGCUUAUGAACAUACUUUGGCAACCUAUUUGCAUUUAUGUGCCGGCACUUACAUUGAAUCAAGUUUCCGGCAUCAGUGUUCACACGAUCGUUCCACUGACCAGUCUCAUUUGCAUCAUCUAUACCAGCAUUGGUGGCAUUAAGGGUGUUGUUUGGACAGAUGUUAUACAAGGAGCUGUCAUGGUCGGCGCCUUGGGUUUUGUGAUUAUAAAAGGCACUUACGAUUUGGGUGGGUUGGCUGUGGUUCUUGAACGUAAUCGUCAAUUUGACCGUUUGGUGGCCCCUGACAUGACAUUUGAUCCCACGGUUCGCAUGAGCGUUUUUGCCUUGUUUGUUGGAGGCACUUUCUUUAAGCUGCAGGCUAAUAGCAUAAAUCAGGCCGCAGUCCAGCGUUUUCUGACCUUGCCCAACCUGAAGGCAGUCAAGCAGGCACUUUUGAUUUCCCUCAUAGGCUUUUUACUCGUCAUGGCCAUGUGUAUUUAUAUUGGAAUGCUCGCCUUUGCCGCAUAUUAUCAUUGUGAUCCCAUAACCACGGGCCUGGCACGCGCCAAGGAUCAGGUAAUACCGUUGUAUGUUAUGCAAAGUGCUGGCGUAGUGCCCGGAAUCGUUGGUCUGUUUGUCGCAGGGGUGUUUAGUGCUGCACUUAGCUCACUGUCCACGGAACUCAAUUGUCUCUCAGCGGUGGUGCUCAAGGACUUUGUCGAGCCGUAUCGCAACUGCCCAUUGACAGAGCGGCAGACUGCCUAUGUCCUCCGAGGCGUGGUCGUUGUCUUUGGGCUCAUCUCAAUAGCAAGUGUCUCAGUAGUGCAGAAAUUGGGUAUGCUCAUGCAGCUCUCCUCCACCGUGGGUGCAAUCACCUGUGGUCCAUUGCUUGGCGCAUUCUCAGUUGGCAUGCUAUUGCCAUUUGUUCGAACAGAGAGCUUGCUUACCGGCAUUUCGGUAGCCACCACCUUUACAUGCUACAUUGUUGUUCGCGCACAAAUUGCAAUGGCUACCGGCCAAAUGAACUUUCCUAUGAAACCUGUUUCCGUGGAAGAUUGUGACUACAGCUUUGAGGUGCAUGCUAACUCGAAUACCCCCAGCGGCGCGAAUACUCACGAGGACAAAUGUCACAGCUUACAUCAGAUCUCGUUUUUGUGGUACACUUUGAUUGGUUCUUUAGGAACGGUUCUCUGUUCGUUGUUGGCUACGAUUUACUUUGGAAAGCAGGAUGUACGUCUGGUGGAUAAGGAACUGGUUUCGCCAGUCCUGCACAAAUAUUGGUAUGGGGAGUAUGAGAGCGUUGCCAGCGAUGAUGAAGAGAAGAAGGAACUGAAGCUGCACGAAUCGUUAACCCAACCGGAAUUGGAUGAGAUGAAGCAAACCCCUUACUAUCCUCAAACUUCCUAAGGAAUUUAUACCCUCAUUGAUCAAUAAAUAUCAUAAUUACAAACGCAGCCCUUGAAGUUUUAUAUAAGCCUUAACACUUGUACUGUCCCAUAUUUAACGCUGACUACGUUAACUUAAUAACUUACAGCUGGUUCCGUUUAAUGCCCAGAGCAUUUCCACGGGGUUAUCAAUACACAAAUUUUCCACUUGUUUGUCAAUACAA